CGAGCCAGCGCGAGAGUGUGACACCUAAAGUUUUCGAAGAGGGAAAUACAAACCACUGCGCCUGGUACUCUGGACUGUUGCACGGGGUGCGACGCUCGCGGAAAGGCGAUGUUUGAGGAAGAGACCAUGCAGGAGGAGUCGAGCUCCCCGGAGUCUCCAGUGGACAGCCUUGGUAACAGCGAAGAGGAGUUCGACAGGCAGCAGAAGAGAGGAGGGAGGAAAAGAAGCAGCAGGAAAAACGGGGAGGAUUCAGAUAGCCCGACCCCUGGGAAAAGAGGCAAAAAGUGUAGCAGCAGUCCGCAGUCGUUCGAGGAUCUUCAGACGCAACGGGUCAUGGCGAACGUUCGCGAGCGACAGAGGACGCAAUCUCUCAACGAGGCAUUCGCGUCUUUGCGGAAAAUCAUCCCCACCUUACCCUCUGACAAACUGAGUAAAAUACAGACGUUAAAGCUGGCUGCCCGGUACAUUGAUUUCCUUUGCCAGGUUUUGCAGAGCGACGAGCUGGACUCCAGAAUGGCAAGCUGCAGUUAUGUGGCACACGAAAGACUGAGCUACGCGUUUUCUGUUUGGAGAAUGGAAGGCGCGUGGUCCAUGUCAACAUCUCACUAACGGUGUCCGCGCGGACCCGUGGCUCUAGCGAGCAUGAUUUCCAACUUUGAGCGGCAGAAUGCUGCUUUGAGCAGAACACAGGCAGCUCACAAGAAGAAUUAGGGACCAAAACCAACACAGCCUGCAGACGAACCAGGCACGGAUUAUAAGGACAAGAUGUUGGAGACAAUCUUUAGCGGGUGGAACGUGGCGCCGUUGCGAGCACUUACGAAAACGAUUACAGUAGAAGAGGGAGCGCAUCCAGAUCUGUUCUUGUGAUUGCAGAUUGCGACGAGGAAUGUGGGAACUUGAUCCUUUCUGUAGGCUACACGUGCAUGUAGCGAAGCCUAGCCAUCUCAUCCCAAGACAGAAAGACUGCAUCAGGAGGCAGUUACUUUCAGGCUGACAGUGUGGACACGGCCAUGAAGUGACUGUCGUCAUAUUUAUUUCGUCAGUGAACGAAACUUGGCUCAUAUAUGUGUAAACAUUUUCUUUUUGGUCUGGUUCUUGAAAGUUUAUUUAUUUAUUGAUCCUUGUCGUGAUGCAGGAUGGAUCUGGUGUCUACAUGCAUUUCUGAUUCUUGUUGUAAAUAAGCAGGGUUUUUUUUUUGUUUGUUUGUUUUUUUGUUUGUUUUUUUGUUUUUUAUUUUGGUUUA